ACGAUAGAAAAGAGAAUAUUAUCAGAAAGAAAGAGACAAAGAAAGCAAGCUCGACAUCCUGAAAACUUAGACCAAAGUAAGAAACCAAAAACCAAAGCCAUAGAGAGCACGAAGGAACAGAAGAUUACACAUUCCCUCCUCAAAGAUUUAAGUCUUUUUUUUCUUCUCAUUCUUUUCUUCUCUUUGUGUGUAAAAAAUGGAGCAAAUCAAGGCCACCUUCCAGCUAGAAGCUUGUGGCAUAAUCUAGGAAUUUAGAGACAUUUCUGGCUCUCUUGUUUGAAAAACCUUCGUGGGUUUUUCUGUGUCGGUGGUGGGAAUAUGGCUUGCAAGAGAAUGGUCAUAUCAGUGAACUUGGAUCCAGAGAGAAAGAGGAGUGGUGGUCUUAGAACUAAACAGGCUGGGAGAGGAUCCUGUCGUGGAAGUUAGACUGUCAAAAAAUGUGCAGUCUUUGGCACUGACCAGUCACAAAACAGU